AUGACCAGACACCACUAUCACCAAGACGAGAGCUCCUAUGACCGUUCCCCCAGCCAGGACAGCCAGCUCAGCAUCGGCCCCGACGACACCGCCGACGAGGAACACACCGCUUGGACCGCGACGCGGCCGGCCUUCGAGGCAUGGGCGGACGACCGGAUGCGCCGCCGGUGCCGCUGGCGAUGCUGUCGCUGCAGGUACGUCAAUCGGAUGCCUCGGUCUCGGCUGACCGUGAUGCACUGCCGCAACCCCGGGCUGGCCGUCGAAGGCGAGAACUGCCCGCGGGAUAGGGCGGGGGAGACGCACGCAGGGCCCGGGGAGUGUUGUACCAUUCUCGUGCCGCAGGGGAUGGAAUCCACGUCGGAUGGUGAGUGGUUGGAUUAA